GAAUUUAAUAGGUCAUAUAUUGAAAUUUAUAUUUAAUUAUAUCCCGCCACAGAGUAUAUCCUUCUUUAAAUUACAGGGUCAUAUGAUUGGUUACUGUUUUCGUCCAAAAGUUGGAGGGCAGACCCUGUGGCGCACACUAUGUAAAUCUAGUGGCGCACGCAUGGCGCACACAGCCAAAGACGGAGUAACAAAUCAGGAAUUUCCCUCCUGCCACUCCUGAGAGCGCGAGAGGACAAAAGUGAAGUAGUUCUCCUCAGAGAGGGACAACCAACGCGGGAUCUUGUACUUUUAACUUUUAGCCCCAAUUAAUCAUAAGGAAAUUAUAUGUUUUUGUUACAUAUUUCCUCACCCAAAAUGAAUCGGGAUCCAUCAGUGUUGCACGAUGUUCUCUUUUUGAACAUUUCAUGGAAGUAACGGUACAGUCUGCGGGAAAACAGUCUUUCUUCAGUUUCUUUCGGGUUGGAAUGUUAGUGGAUGGCGUAGGGCUGUUUUUAAAGUUAUCCGGACACACAUUUGGAUUAAGUGCGCAAAACCAAGGUGCUCAACUUGGACAUGUGGAAUAAUAACGGCGUCUAGAAGGAUGCUGCUGCUUGUACAAUGGAAGUGAAGAACAUUUUCGCUUUGGUGGUGGUGAUUUGUCUCCUUUUUUGCUUCGGUGCGAGCCAGGAAUUGAGCCUGAAAGGCAGAAAUGUUUGCAGAGCAGGGGGCUCUUCAAAGCUGGUGUGCUGCAGUGGAUGGGCUCAGCUAGGAGAUGAAUGCCUCACACCUCUUUGCGAGGGUAACUUCACCUGCAAGGAAAAUGAGGUGUGCGUCAGGCCUAACGAAUGCCGCUGCCGCCAUGGAUACUUUGGAGCGAGCUGCGACACAAAGUGUCCGGCCCAGUUUUGGGGCCCAGACUGCAAAGGUAAAUGUAACUGUUACCCCAAUGGCCAGUGUGAUGAUUUGACUGGCAAGUGCACCUGCAACCACAACCGCUGGGGGCCCAACUGCGAGAAUGCGUGCAUGUGCCAAAAGGGCAAAUGUGACCAGGACACGGGCCUCUGUACUUGUCACCCAGGCGUCUGGGGCCCUCAGUGCAAUAACAACUGCUACUGCAGCGUCAACUCGCUGUGCGACCCGAUGACGGGGCGCUGCCUGUGCAGCCCUGGCUGGACAGGGCGGAACUGCGCCAUUCAGUGCAACUGCAACAACUCGCCAUGUGACCAGUUUACACAGCGUUGCCAGUGCCGGGAGAGGAUGUGGGGGCCGAGGUGUGAGCGGUAUUGCCAGUGCGUCCACGGAAAGUGUAAUCAGGUGGAUGGCUCGUGUACCUGCACACCAGGGUACCGUGGGAAGUUUUGCAGGGAGCCAUGUCCUGCUGGCUUCUACGGGCAAAACUGCAGGAACAAGUGUGGCCACUGCAAAGGUCAGCAGCCGUGUAAAGUGACGGAGGGACGAUGCGGCACGUGCGACAGAGGCUGGAACGGGACACGGUGCGAUCAGCUCUGCUCCAAAGGCUUCUUUGGCGAAAACUGUCAGGAGGUGUGUCCCACCUGCAAGGACGGCCACCACUGUGACCCCAUUCAGGGCAAAUGCACACAUUGUAACCCUGGCUGGAUUGGGGACAGGUGUGAGGUGCGUUGCCCCAACGGCACAUACGGCGAAAAUUGUGAAAACAACUGCAGCCACUGUUUCAACGGCAAUUGUCAUGUUGUCACCGGAGAGUGCCUGUGUGACCAGGGUUUUUAUGGAACCUACUGCAAUAUGUCCUGUCAACCUGGACAAUAUGGAGUGAACUGCAACCAAACUUGCUCUUGCCAUGACAAGAACUGCGACCCCGUUUCUGGUGCCUGCUAUCUUCAGCCUAACCAACGGAUGGGCGUGAUUGCGGCAGGAACCCUGGUCUCCUUUUUGCUGAUCGUCCUGCUUUCACUGCUGUGCUGCUGCUGCCUCUGUCGACACAAGGAUGACCACAACAAAAAAGCCAAGCGCAUCCUGUGCGGACGAUUUAGCCGAAUCAGCACUAAACUUCCCCGUAUUCCACUGAGGAGACAGAAACUGCCAAAAGUUGUCGUAGCCCACCACGACCCUGAGCACAACUUCAACUGCAGCUUCAUUGAGCCCCCCUCUGCGGCCGAGCAGCCCUCCCCUUCCUCCUGGUCCUCUCAGGAGUCCUUCUCCUCCUUUGAGAGCAACGACGAGGGCCCAGUUUACUGUGUUCCACAUGAAGAAUCUGUGAAUGAAAGCAAGGACAUGCGCAGCCCCAGUCCAGAAACAGACAAGGCAGAAGCUGCUCUUAAUGAUGAAGAUGCUGGAGAGUACACUUCCCUUAAGGACACUGGAGUUACCAGACCUGAAGGCAGUGAUCAACCUGUGCUGAAGUCUUCAGAUAGUGAAAGCUCUACCAGUGGAUCAGAGUCUGCAACGGCAACCCUCUAUGCUCGCAUCGCUCGCCUCUCGAAGCAGUCCAAAGAGGAGGAGAAUAGUGCCAAGGAUGGGGAGACAGCUACCUCAGAGUACAAGCGCAACGGGAAGCCACCACCAUCACCCGGUAAGCCCAAACCACGACCACCAGACCCCUCAACCAAGCCAAAGGUAUCGUGGAUCCAUGGCAGCACGACAGGAACUUCCCAGCCGGACCAUCAAGUGCAGGGUGGCAUGAAAGCACUCACUGUUCCAAAGGGAAAAAAGAGAAGUUCCAGUGAUGUGUCAGCCAAGAGUGAGGAGCAGCAGAAAGUAAAGCAGAAGAGCAGCGAUCAGCAUAGGAAGCAGGAGGGUGACGGCAACGCAUCCCCCAGAAAGCACAAACCUCUGCGAGGCAAGACGUCUGGGGAUGAACACAGCAGUCCCAGUCACAUGGACCACAUUAAUGGUGUGGUUCAGAACGCGCUCAGGAAGAUUAGCAACUUCCACAGCUCUUCAUCUGAGAAGAAGAGCGCUGACAGUGCAAAGGAGACCCCCAAGGAGCCCCCCAAGAGCCCCAAAGUAAUCCAUCCUCAUAUGAACUCUGAGGCCGCCACUCUCCUGGCUGCUCAACUCAAGGAGAAAACCCAAAGCAUCAACAGGAACGAGGGGACGGGUCUGACCAAGACCAAUGGACUCUCAACACCCAAGGGAUCCCGGGAGAAGCCCACACCUCCACAAAAAGCCAAGAGGACCCCGUCUACCGGCUUGAACCAGCAGGGGUCUACUAAACCCUUACUACCAACCUCCAGCAGCCUCCAGAAGAUGGUGGCACCUGUCACCACUGAUCAAGUGGCCUCGGAAGCCAAGAGCCCGGACAAGCAGGACUUGAACGGCUCAAGGGUCGGGGACCCGAUAGUGGAGGCCACACCAAAGAAGACUCCCAUUAAAAAGCCACCGAGGAAGAAAGGCAAGGAGGCUACUUUGGAUACUCCAGAAAUCAAAACACCCCAACCAAAGACAGCCAUCAUGCCACCACAGAUAGUCAAGUAAGUGGAUAAACUGGCAAAGACUGUACGCAAUGAGAAAAACAUGGAUUUUUCAGAAGGUGAGCUAAGUAUGCUACGAUGACGCACAUCAUUCAUCCGGAACUCAUAUGUCUCAUCAUUCGUCUCAAACCGCAGAGCCUGCAUUUGACAGAACUGAGUAGUGUCAGUCCAUUGCAUCACAAUUAAGUAUCUUUAAUUUGCUCUAAGUAGAAACAGCAACUUCAAGUGGUGUUCACUUGCACUUUUUUUCUACUCAGAAAUAUCCAAUUUCCCAUUUUUAUGGGAUGCAGCAUUCGGCAGACACAAUAGUGCUGCAUUCCUGAAUACUCUUCAGUGGUACUAAUUCCUCUGCAAGCUAGUUUUUCUGUGAUUUUAAUGGGCCAGCAUGCACACAUACAAUUUUUAUACCUUUUAUAGAUAACUACAGUAAAUGAUCAUGAGGUACUAUGAUAGCAUGCAACAUAACUUUCUUUAGACAAUGUAACAAAACAAAACAGAGGACAUAUUUGGACAAGGCGGCACGGCGGUCUAGUGGUUAGCGCGCAGACCUCACAGCUAGAUCAGGGUUCAAUUCCACCCUCGGCCAUCUCUGUGUGGAGUUUGCAUGUUCUCCCCGUGCAUGCGUGGGUUUUCUCCGGGUACUCCGGUUUCCUCCCACAUUCCAAAAACAUGCUAGGUUAAUUGGCGACUCCAAAUUGUCCAUAGGUAUGAAUGUGAGUGUGAAUGGUUGUUUGUCUAUAUGUGCUCUGUGAUUGGCUGGCGACCAGUCCAGGGUGUACCCCGCCUCUCGCCCGAAGACAGCUGGGAUAGGCUCCAGCACCCCCCGCGACCCUCGUGAGGAAAAAGCGGAAGAAAAUGAAUGAAUGGAUGAAUGAAUGAAUGAAUAUUUGGACAAAAUCUGUCUUGUUUGCCGUCCACACUGUCCUGGCCGGUAAACACAGAGAGUGCAUACUUUCUGGUAAUGUAUAUUGUUUCAGUUGUUGCAGCCCUGAAAAUAAGUCAAGUUUACAAUUCCAAAGAUGCGACAAGCUCCAAAUCACUGCAACGCUGCUCUCAGGGUCACAAAUCAACAUAUUAAGCUAGAAUCCCAAGAUAUUCUUGGUCUCCAUAUUUUUUUUUUUUCCGUUCAUGCUUUUGAAGCCUCCGUUUUCCCUACCACAGCCAUAUGAAGUUAGUGCAAGCUUCAUUUAAUAAAACAUGACCUCAGUUUAAUGUUUUGUCUACAGAAGCGAGUUUAAUAACGACUGUUCUAAAAAAAAAUGAAUGUGAUUAGAUUAUUUUAUUACAGGUUGUAAUGAGGAAAAAAAAACAUGAAGCGUAUUGGCCAUAUCGUGAUGAUUUUAUGCCAAAGUAACAAGCUGCUACUAACGGGUGGCGUGUUGUAGUGUGCCUCGACUGUGGAUCAGUUUAAGCAAAAAUAAACGUUUGUUAGCUACUUUGUCGAAGUUGGCGUUACAGGUACUUUAACUGGAAUGAUUCAUGUUUUUUCAAGCGGAAACAGUUCAGUUUUUUAAGGUACACAUUUUAUGUUACUUUUGCAGCUUUAAAAAAAAACAUGUAUACAUUGUGUACUUUUUACUCAAUCUUUGUAAGCUGUGCUUAUAUGACCCUCUGUGUUUUUUUGUCUGUGUGUCAAUGAACUGGCUUUCAUGUUGUAUGUUACAAUGGGGUAUUAGGUCCACACUGAAAAGAAACAAAUCAAGAAAAAAGUUAUAAAUUUACAUGAAUAAAGUUGGAAUUCUACAAGAAAAAGUAGGAAUAUUCUGAGAAAAGUUUGAUUUUUUUUUGUUGUAGUAAAUUUAGUAAGUGAAUGUCCAAAUUUCCAACAAGAGCCUUUUGCAUUUAUUCUCUUAAGAUUAAAUUUUUUUUUCCCCAAAAUUACAUGAAUAAAAAUAAAAAAUAACAAUUACAAUGUUACCUCGUUUAUCGCAAGGGAUACAUUCCAAAAAUAGUCCUCAAUAGAUGAAGUCCGCAAAAUUGCCAACUUUAUUUUUUACAAUUAAUAUAUGUACAGUUUUCUCAAACAGGCAUUAACAUUUUCUAACAUUUCCCGCUUGAUUAAACACUCUCUAUGGACUCAUAUAGGGCAGCUACACAAGAUAACCCGCCCAGAAAGCUUUCUAGAUCUUCCAGAUUCUGCACCUCUUUUUGCCGUGUUUCCAUGGACUUCCUGCUUUUGACGCAAAUGGUCUGUUUUUUUCUCGUAAUAUUUUAUUAUAACCGAGACAGUUUUCUUCGAGAUAUCAUAAAUAAAACUUUCUUCUUAAAGGAGACAAUAUUUCUUGCAAAAAUCAAACAAACUUAUUGUAAUAUUGUGUUAUUUUGUCUUGCAAUAUUACUUCAUUUUCAACUUCAGAUAAUUGUUUUGUCAGUGUGGGCUUUAUACCCCUUUGUGUUAUUUUGCUUAUUUUGGAUUUUUUUUUUAAAAUUCCAUCCUGUAAAGUUCUCAUAAUUCUACUCUGUUGAUGUUAUUGUUUAUGUAACUGCAUGACGCAGAGUGUAAUUAUAAGGCAUUUUUUUCAGGAAAACUGUAACCUCCUUACCUCCCCCCCUACUCAUUACAGGAACGAUUGAACAAUACUAUGAUACCACUGAUGACACCAUGGCAUACAUAAAACCAUAACCUUUGUGUAAGCAUGACUCUUCUUUUUAUGGGCCUGCAUUUGGACCUCAAAAUGCUGCAACAUGGUUACCAGCUGUAAAGUGUUUUUGUGUCCCUUUGUGGUUUGUUUUUAGAAUAUUUGUGUAUGGUCACUAAGUCGGUUUUCCUCGUUUAAUUACCUGGAAUUAAAAAAAGAAAUACAAUGUUGCUACUGUGAGACCAAUUGUAGUUCUCUACAGAGCAGGGGUUGGGAACCUAUGGCUCGCCAGCCAUGUAUGGCUCUUCCAAGUAUUAUUGAGUGUAAAUCAGUGUGGCCUGACCCAUAUUCAUCUUGGAGACAGUUGUUAUUGCAAGUCUAGAACAUCUGUGCAGUGGAAAAAGUACAUAUUGACUCAUAAUCCAAUAAACGUCCAAUUGUGUUUGGUCCUUGAUAUGUGACCCUUCCUCUGGCUUUGGGCCACAGGGUCCCAGAGUCGAUAGGAAGCUCUUCAAAGAAACAGAGAAAACAAGGGGACUGUUAGUUUGGAUCAUUCUGCAUCAGGGACAAGAGCUCCUUUCACAAAGGAAACAGUGGAAAGUCUGUAAUGGGACUUAAUCACACGCAAUCAUACAUGUCCUCCUUAGAGGGACACCACUGUGACAGCAUUAAAGAUAGAGGAUGCAUAGAAGAAUGGGCAUGGGGGAGACAGUCACGUGAUUGGUAAUUGGAGCUUGGAGGCAAUGCAGCUUUGUUUUGGACUCACUUUUUUUACAUGCACAAAUGCUCUUUUGAAUAUGUGGUCAUAGCCACAGAAGCAAUGAUGCCUUAGCAGCAGAGAUCAACUAAAGCUGAGGAGCACAAACAAUAUUUUAAAGCACAAGGUGCAUUCGGAAAGUAUUCGCAGUACUUCACCUUUACUACAUUUUUUUAGGUCACAGCUUUAUUCCAAA